UCCCCGGACGAGUUUGGAGGAGCUGUCCGGUGCUGAAGUUGCGUUCCCCGUUGUUCUGGAACUGGAGGACUAAAUAGGCUGGCAGGAAGUGGAAGUGGAAGGUAUAAAACGCGAAAGUCCGUGGAGAGGGUCACGCUGGCCUUUUUGUGGGACCGUGUUGCGCGUCGUGUGAGUCCGUGAGAAAGCCAUCAUGCCGAGGUCUUUCCUGGUGAAGAAGGUAAAACUGGAUGAUUUCUCCAACGGGGCGGACUUGGAGAACGCAUACCGACACCGGACGGACCUCAGCCUCAGACUCCACGAGAAAGCUGGCUACAUCAGUGACUACAUCAGCCCUUCGGUGUACGACAGGGAGAGCGAUAAUGGGAUCAAGGUGCCCUCUCCGGACCCUCUGUAUGACGGACUGCACAGUGACUAUGGGGCCCCUGACUCCGAGUCCCCGGACAGCCCGGCCUCAGAGAUCACAGACACUUACAUAAACGGAGUAGCAGCAGUCAGCGAUGGCUACACAGUGGAUGCCUUCUUCAUCACGGACGGCCGCUCCAGAAGGAAAGCCUUGGGCAGCCCCCGCAACAUCCAGAGGCACACCUGUAACGAGUGCGGCAAAACCUACGCCACGUCUUCCAACCUGAGCCGCCACAAACAGACGCACCGCUCACUGGACAGCAAGCUGGCCAAGAAAUGCCCCACGUGUGGUAAAGUGUACGUGUCCAUGCCCGCCAUGGCCAUGCACCUGCUCACCCACGACCUCAAGCACAAGUGUGACAUCUGUGGGAAGGCGUUCAGCCGGCCGUGGCUCUUACAGGGACACAUGCGCUCGCACACGGGGGAGAAGCCCUUUGGCUGUGCUCACUGUGGGAAGGCCUUCGCUGACCGCUCCAACCUGCGUGCACACAUGCAGACGCACUCCGCCUUCAAACACUUCAAGUGCAAACGCUGUAACAAGACCUUUGCCCUCAAGAGUUACCUGAACAAGCACUACGAGUCGGCCUGCUUCAAAGGACCCUUCUCUCCACUGGGCCCCCUCGACGCAUGACCCCCUCACAUGGACCAGACUGUACCGCGCUCUCACAAUGAACAUCAUCUAUUUUUGCUCUGAAAUGACCUCGCCUCCCUCAGCCGCGUACACUAGCGCCCCCUGUCCUGGAGCCUUUUAAUGACAUGAACAUGAUGAAGAUAGCACAAUUUUUCUCCUUGAGAUUUGCCCACUUAAGGAUGUAUCUGAUUUUCCGCAUGCACUUCCUGAACACUCCUCACUCUGCUCUGAUGUGGGAGGCAGAGACAGCUU